AUGUCUGCGCCCAUAAUUGACACUGACAGUGAAGAUGAACUACCACCGGGUUGGGAAGAACGUGUAUCUGCACAGGGUCAAGUGUAUUAUGCAAAUCAUGAGACUAAGGCUACACAAUGGGACCAUCCUCGCAGUGGGAAGAGGAAACAGAUAAAAGGAGAUUUGCCUUAUGGAUGGGAAAAACAAAUAACUGAUGAUGGUGUUAUAGUAUUUGUGGACCAUAUCAACAAAAAGACGACGUACACAGAUCCAAGGUUAGCAUUUGCAGAGGAUGAAAAGAAAACACCUUUAGAUUUUAAACAGAAGUUUGAUGGAAAUACUGCUGCAAUGCAAGUGGUUCAGGGGAAAGACCUUUCUGGAAAAUAUGCAAUUGUGACAGGGGCAAACAGUGGGAUUGGGUAUGAAACUGCGAGAACUUUGGCUUACUUUGGUGCUACAGUUAUUCUGGCCUGCAGAAAUCUGGAGGCAGCAAACAAAUGUAAAAAGACUAUUCUGGAAGAGAGGCCAUCUGCCAAAUUAGAAGUCAUGCAUUUGGACCUAGCUUCUUUGAAGAGUGUGAGGAUGUUUGCUGAGGAAUACAGAUCAAAUAAAUGGCCACUGCAUUUACUGAUUCUGAAUGCUGCAGUGUUUGGUUUGCCUUUUACAAAAACUGAAGAUGACAUUGAAAUAACCUUCCAAGUAAAUCAUCUGGCCCAGUUUUACCUGACCAAGCUUCUGUGGGAGGUUCUAGCAUCAUCUUCUCCAUCGCGAAUCGUAAUAGUGUCCUCGGAAUCACACAGAGCUAGUGACCUUUCCCUUGACAACAUCAGUGAGGGCAAGUUAUCUCCCAUGCGCAACCAAUAUCAGGACUUGCAGGCUUACAAUAACUCUAAACUAUGUAAUGUCCUAUUUUCUCUUCACCUAAACAAACUUCUGUCAGAUAAAGGAGUUACUAGUAACUCAAUACACCCUGGAAAUGUGAUGUACACACACCUCUCUAGAAACUGGUGGUUCUACAAAGUGAUAUUUUUCGUGGCCAGGCCCUUUACAAAGUCUUUGCAACAAGGUGCAGCCACUACGGUGUUCUGUGUUACCUCUGCACAAUUGGAGGGAGUGGGCGGACUGUACUUUAACAACUGCUGUCGUUGUGAACCCUCCAAAUCUGGCUGUGAUGAGGAACUGGCUCUCAGGCUCUGGAACCUCAGUGAGGGGAUGUUACAGAAGGCGCUGAACAGAGAGAACUAGAGAUUUGUCACAUCACUUCAUAAAAGUCCAGCUAAAAUGUGAUACAGUGUCCACAAGAGAGGAAGUAGGAACAGACUUAGUAGUCAGAGAGAAAUGGAAUUCAUCAGUUGAAGGAAUCUUGGUAUCAAAAUGUGUGGAAGCACCAGAAAGAGGCUGAAGCAUUGAUAUAGUGCUAGCUGGAGAAGAUAUAUAACUGAUCAAUACCCAUUAAACGCCAGUUAUCCACUGUUUAAUCUCCAAGUGAGAAUACAGAGUCUUAAUAGAAUUGGAAUGCAACUAACACAGAAAUUAAGAUUACUGGUAUUAAUAUAGUUUUUGCAUUGUAUACAAUACCAGUGUUUAACAAACAAACAAAAAACCAUUUAGAUAUAGAUAUUGUAUAUAUUUCAAUCAUGAACAAUGUUUUUAAAAAAAAAGUUUAGUAUUAGAAUAUUACAUGACUGAGUGAAUUUCAUAAGUCUUUGUUUAUUUUUCAAGACUUGGAGACAAAUCGAAAAUAUUUCUUGUACAUCCAUAUAAAAAAAAUGUUUUUGUGAACAUAUGUUCUUUUUGUUUAUUAACCCCCCCCCACCCCACUUUUUGCACUGUUAAUGAAUAAUUAAAUUGCUAUAAAUAUUUAUUUAUUAA